AGGUAGGCUCAUCCUUCCCAAUGUCUGACUUUUGUUGCUACCACAAAGAUGUAUGAAAGAGAGCAGAGCUGUCCGGCUCAAUCAAUUAAAUCCUAGAUGAUCUAUAUGAGGUUGUGAUCUAAUAAGGGGAGAUAAUUAACUUUGUUCCUCUCGGAUAAAUCAUAAUGACAACAGAGUUGGUGUCGGUGUUUUCGGACAGAAUGCCAAUAAAGGGGAAGUAUGUAGCAGGUAGACAGGUGUCCAGAUGGGAUGCCGAGUCUGACAAUGUGGACAUUCAAUACCGUCACCUAGACAACCCAGCCUCACCGGGCCUUGUGGAGUUCUUCUCCGGAAGGAAAGGAAAUGUCCUCAAAGUUCUACUUCUCGUUGUUUGUUUCUUUGUCGGUCUUAUCAUUGGUUAUGUCAUACGAAGAAAUAUUCAUGAAAAAUACAUCGCUCCCUUGAACACCCCAACACCUACACCCAUUCCACGAAUUUACCAGGAUUAUGAUCCAUCCAUUAGACAGAGCCUACAAGAUGACCUACAGGACAUUGUCAAUAUUGAAGACCACAUCAAGAUAUGGACAUCAUCUAUUGGACUGGCAGCCGUCGGAUCAACUCUAAAAGUUGUGAUGGGUACACACGACAUGUGGCAGUACUUCCCUCAGGAUGGUCUGUCCUGGACAAACUACACUGUGUUAUUGUCAUAUCCAUUUCUGCAGAGUCCAAACAGAACAACUAUAACGUUGGAACAGCCAGACGGCACCACUAUAUGGAAUGCCAGCUUCAACCUCUCCUCGGAGCAUCCAGAGCAGAUGCCUUUUAAUGCGUACUCACCAGAGGCAUCCGUGAAGGGAAAAUUGGUAUUUGCCAAUUUCGGAAGAAAGACCGAUUUCCGUACUUUAGACAGACUUGGGGUUUCCAUCAACAACAGCGUACUUCUGAUCAAAUAUGGCAGGAUCCACCCAGCUAAUAAGGUCAAACAUGCAGAGGAAAAUGGGGCUGCAGGAGUGAUACUUUAUCCUGAUCCACUGGACUUUGCCAACAACAACACAGAGGCAGUAUAUCCUAGCACCUGGUGGCUCCCAGGAUGGGCCGUACACUCCCACCAUGUGAGGUACACACUAAUGGGGGACCCACAAAGUCCAGGCUACCCAUCACUAGAUGGUGUAUAUCAACAACCUAAUCCUAAGGAGAACUGUCUCGGAUGUCCCAGUAUACCAGUACAAUCUGUAUCAUACAACGAUGCCAGAUCUCUAAUCAGAUCAAUGAAUGGCAGUGCAGUGCCUGAUGACUGGAUUGGGGGUCUAGGUGUACCAUACAAAACAGGACCCGGUCACACUGACGAAAGGUUGGUGAAUUUAACGGUUAUAAGAGACCUUGUACCAAGAAAAAUUUCAAAUUUAGUUGCAGAAAUCAAGGGACGGUAUGAAAAAGAUAGGUUUAUCAUUAUUGGAGCACACAUUGACUCGUGGAACAGAGGAGGAGUAGACUCCGCUAGUGGAUAUGCUGUAUUGUGGGAACUUUUACGUACCUUCAGCUUUCAUACAGAUAAAGGUUACAGACCAAGAAGAACUCUGAAGUUUGCAUUAUGGGAUGCCUCUAAAUAUGGACAUGUUGGAUCAUUUGAAUGGGUGCAGGAAAUGGAAAAGGAGAUAGGAUCAGGAGCCAUUGCCUACAUCAAUCUGGACACAGUUGUUAGAGGAAACUAUACUUUCUUUGCUGAGAGUAGCCCUUUAUUGUAUGAUGUUAUACGACAGGCGGCCAGCACAGUAAAAUGUUCUGAUCCAGACUACCAGGAUAAGUCAGUGCUGGAAAGAUGGACCAAAACAUACCGAGACCCGGAUAAUCCAUCCCAACCAAAGAUUGAGGGUCUACAGGGUGACAGUGAUCACUCCCCAUUUUACUAUUACCUCGGUGUGCCCUCCCUCUCCCCAGCGUACACCUAUAACCCAAAGAAAUAUCCAAACCUUCCAAGCUAUCCAGCUUUCAAUACAUUGGAGGACACAAAAGACUACCUUACAAAUUUCACAGAUAGAAAUAACUACACUCUCCACGUCAAAGUCACGCAGAUUGUAGCAGAUGUCAUUCUCCGCCUCAGUGAUUCGGCAUUGAUUCCAUUCAAUGUUCAAAAUAUUGCAAAUUUACUGAUUACAGGGAAAAAUAAAUUAAAGAAUAUGGAGAUAAAUUCCACAUAUGUCAAUUUAGGUUUUCUCUUCUCAGAAAUUGACAAGUUUUCAGACAGAGCCAGAUUAUUACAAACAAACUUAACACAUUUGGAUAAAUCAAAAUUAUAUGAAGAAGUUAUCUAUGAUAUAAAUGACAAGCUUAUACAACUACCAAGAAUAUUUAUAGUUAACAGAGGUCUUCCAGAAUUUCCUCAAUAUAGAAAUGUGCUUGUUGCACCACAUCCGGAAAAUUUGUACAAAACUCAGAUAUUCCCCGGGGUUAUUUGGGGGUUUGACAGGGGACGGACAACAGGUGAUUGGUCAAGAAUGCGGACCCAGGUGUCUCUACUAGCAGUAGCGGUCAGACAGGCCAGUUAUAACCUGCAGUCCAUAUUGACAGUCAUCAACAGCCUAUCAUAGCAUUCCAUUUAUCAAAUUUGUCCAUUCAGUGUUUAUAAGAUUUUUUUUCCUUCAUAAACUGCUCAACUGCUGAACAAAAAUAUAUACAGCCAAGGAGGGGAAUGUGCAGUAAUGAAUUUCAGCUGGUAGAUUUUCAUGUCACGUCGGAGAUUCUGUAUGUAGCUGUAGUAAUGCCGGCAGCUCAGAUGUGUAUAUAUCUUAAUAUUUUAAAAACAAAAGGAUUUAAAAGCUUUUAAGUUAACAAUAUGCACUUUUUUGUAUGGAAAGGACAUGUAUGAUGCAACAAACAUUUGAAAUAUAUUUCAGUGGUUCUGGUAUAAAGUGACGUAUGAUCUAUAUGAUGUUAAUUUGAAUAAAUAUAGUCUUCAUGUAAUUGAAAAUAUACCAGUUGAAAAUAAUUACUUCAAUGAUAUAUUUAAGUUAUCUGUUUCAAAAACAGAUUCUGUCUAUAUAAAAUGUAUCUAACGUUUUUGCUAUUUGUUGUGAAUUUAACUCAGCUGAGCUGCUGUAUUUACAGUAUUUUUAUUCCAUGUCCAAACUUAACAUUGUAAGUUUUUAUCACUGAGAGAAAAUUAUAUCAUUGUAAAUUUUUCACUGUCUCAAAAAUCCAACUCUUCCAUCAUUAACAAUUUUUACCAGUGUUUCUUA